AUGAUAAUGGUAAUGGUAAUCAUAAUGCUAAUGACAAUGGUAGUGAUACUGGUAAAGGUAAUAGUAAUAGUAAUUAAUUGUAAUGGAAAUGGUAAUGCUAACGGUUAUGAAUAUGGUUAUAAUUAUGGUUAUGGUUAUGAUUACGGUUACGGUUCCGGUUAUGGUUAUGAUUACGGUUACGGUUCCAGUUAUGAUUAUGAUUACGGUUACGGUUAUGGUUAUGGCUAUAGUUACGGUUCCGGUUAUGGUUACGGUUAUGGUUAUGGUUAG